CCCGGGCAGGUGCUGCUCAGUCGGCGCCGGGCGAGAAGGAGGGCAGAGAAGCGACCGAGGCGGCCCGUCGUGGCCGCAGGCGAGAGCGAUUUCCUGUGGCAUGGAGUUGGAGAACAGUGAACAACCUGUUGUUAUGAGAGAGGAUAACAAACGGCGGCGGAGGAGGAUGAAGCCCUACUGUACAGCAAGCAGUUUGUCUUCAACAGAGUUAAUAUCCAUUGAGUUCAUUCUGCCAACAAGCAACAUGCUAAUAGAUAUAGCCAGCAACUGUACAGUAGAGCAGAUGAAAGGGCAGGUUUGGAUGCGAGCAAUAGAGAGGAAUCAGAACUCUGACUUCUAUCAUAAAUUCACUCCAGAUCAAUUCGUUCUCCAGUACCAAAAGAAGGGACAGUGGUAUGAAAUUUACGACAAACAUCAGGUAAUACAGACCUUAGACUGUAUAUUGUAUUGGAAAGUGCUACAAAAGAAGGUGGGCAAAAUCCAUGUGGUCCAAAAGCAGAAACCUACAGAGGAAGUUCAGGAGUUUCAAAAGCAACUCAAUUAUUUGAUUGGCUAUGAUGUCACAGAUAUAAGUAACGUACAUGAUGAUGAGCUAGAAUUUGCUCGCCGCAGGUUAGUCACACCGCGGACAAUUGAAGUAUCUUGUAGAGAUCCAAAAUUAUAUUCCAUGCACCCUUGGACUACGUCCAAACCUCUUCCAGAAUAUUUGGUUAGCAGAAUUACCAAUAACAACAUUUUUAUAAAUAUACACCGAGGAACAACUAGCCAGAAGGUUAAAGUAUCCAUUGACGACACCCCAGACCUAAUCCUUCAGAGCUUUUUCACCAAAAUGUCAAACAAGAAAUCUUUGAUGAAUAUUCCUGAAGAAUACAGUGAGUUAGACUUUGUUCUCAGGGUAAGUGGCAGAGAUGAGUAUAUUGUAGGGGAGACACCGAUCAAAAACUUCCACUGGAUAAGACAGUGUCUUAAGAAUGGGGAGGAGAUUCACCUAGUCUUGGACAGUCCACCUGACCCAAAGGAGGAUGACGUUCAGAAAGAGGAGUGGCCCUUAGUCGAUGACUGCACUGGAGUGUCAGGAUAUCAUGAGCAGCUAACAAUAGACGGUAAGGAUCAUGAGAAAAUAUUCACUAUAUCUCUGUGGGAUUGCAACAGGAAAUUCAGAGUUAAGAUCAUUGGCAUUGAUAUCCCAGUGCUACCAAGAAACACUGACUUGACUGUGUUUAUUGAGGCUAAUAUUCAACAUGGACAGCAACUCUUGUCACAGAGGAGGACAACAGCUAAACCGUUUACUGAAGAAGUCCUAUGGAAUGUUUGGCUUGAAUUUGAUGUCAAGAUUAAAGACUUACCCAAAGGGGCACUUUUGAACCUGCAGAUAUAUUGUGGAAAAGCACCUCCAUCGACCACUAAGGCUAACCUCCAGUCACAUGAUCCUGCCAAUUCUGAUAUCAAAAGCAAAACUCAGCUCCUCUAUUAUGUAAAUAUUUUGCUGAUCGAUCACCGCUCCCUACUAAGGACUGGUGACUACGUGCUGCAUAUGUGGAAAAUCACGGGCAAAGGGGAAGAUCAGGGAAGCAUCAAUGCAGAUAAGCUUACAUCAGCUACCAAUCCAGAUAAAGAAAACUCAAUGGCUAUUUCAAUCGUUCUGGACAAAUACUGCCACCCAAUAGCUUUACCUAAACACAGGAUAGCUACUGAUGCCCAAGGAGACAGAGCUAGAGCUGAAAUGCCCAACCAACUGCGGAAACAGCUUGAAGAGAUCAUAGGUACCGACCCGCUCAAUCCACUUACCCCCGAAGACAAAGAAUUACUGUGGCAUUUUAGAUAUGAAAGUAUAAAGCACCCAAAGGCUUACCCGAAGCUACUUAGCUCGGUGAAAUGGGGACAACAAGAAAUAGUUGCCGAAACAUACCAGCUGUUAGCUAAAAGAGAUACUUGGGACACUAGCGCUUUGGAUGUUGGAUUGACGAUGCAACUUCUAGAUUGUAACUUCUCAGAUGAAAAUGUAAGAGCCAUGGCAGUGCAAAAACUGGAGGGCUUGGAAGAUGAUGCUGUUCUUCAUUAUCUCCUACAGCUAGUUCAGGCUGUGAAAUUUGAGCCUUAUCAUGACAGCGCAUUAGCCCGAUUUCUUCUGAAACGAGGCUUAAAAAACAAAAGAAUUGGACACUUCUUGUUUUGGUUUUUAAGAAGUGAGAUCGCACAAUCUAUGCAUUACCAGCAAAGAUUUGCUGUGAUCCUAGAAGCUUAUCUUAGAGGAUGUGGGAAAGCAAUGCUACAAGACUUCCUGAAACAGGUUCAAGUAAUUGAGCUCUUGCAUAAAGUCACAAUGGAGAUAAAGUUGGUUUCUGCUGAGAAGUAUGAUGUCACCCCUCAAGUUAUCACGCAACUCAAACAAAAGCUUGAGAAACUACAGGACAGUAAACUUCCUGAAUGCUUCAGAGUUCCAUAUGACCCUGGGCUGAAAGCAGGAGCGCUUGUGAUAGAAAAAUGUAAAAUAAUGGCCUCCAAGAAAAAACCGCUUUGGCUAGAAUUUAAAUGUGCAGAUCCGACAUCCUUGUCCAAUGAAACGAUUGGCAUUAUCUUCAAACAUGGCGAUGACCUGCGGCAAGACAUGCUUAUUUUACAGAUUCUACGAAUAAUGGAGUCAAUCUGGGAAGAAGAAUCCUUGGAUUUAUGUUUACUGCCAUACGGCUGUAUUUCUACCGGAAAUAAAAUAGGAAUGAUCGAGAUUGUAAAAGAUGCUAUGACAAUUGCUAAAAUCCAACAAAGCACGGUUGGAAACACAGGAGCGUUUAAGGAUGAAAUACUGAACCAGUGGCUUAAGGAGAAGUGUGUCAUUGAAGAAAAGUUUCAGGCAGCAGUGGAGAGAUUUAUAUACUCUUGUGUUGGUUACUGCGUGGCAACCUUUGUACUUGGAAUCGGAGACAGGCACAAUGAUAAUAUUAUGAUUACAGAAUCAGGCAAUCUCUUUCAUAUUGAUUUUGGCCACAUCCUUGGAAAUUACAAAAGCUUCCUUGGAUUUAAUAAGGAGAGAGUUCCCUUUGUGUUGACGCCAGAUUUCCUCUUUGUCAUGGGAACCUCCGGGAAGAAAACGAGCCCCCAAUUUCAGAAUUUUCAGGAUAUCUGCGUGAGGGCUUAUCUCGCUCUUCGGAAGCACACCAGCCUCCUCAUCAUCCUAUUUUCCAUGAUGCUAAUGACCGGCAUGCCUCAGCUAACAAGCAAAGAAGAUAUUGAAUACAUCCGCGAUGCCCUCACAGUGGGAAAAAGCGAUGAAGAUGCAAAGAAAUAUUUCCUGGAUCAGAUUGAAGUUUGUAGGGACAAAGGCUGGACGGUGCAGUUCAACUGGUUUCUACACCUCGUUCUGGGAAUCAAACAAGGGGUGGAAAAGCACUCUGCCUGAUGAGACUGUGUGCACGGGAUAACUACUGGCAGGGAGGCGUCUUCAGCAUUUGUGGGCUCAUAAGUUUUAUCUAGGGUGACUCCAAAGGCUUCUGAGAGCUUUUUUUUUUUGCCAAAAAAAAAUCCACAGCAGUUCUUCCAGAAUUUAGUUUUUGCAGGAGCUGACUCUACAAAGCAGUAAGUUAUUUAAUGUAAACAGAAGCCUUGCUGAUUCUUCCAUUUUUUCCUGCUGGCCAUAGGUAUCAUUAAAUAUGUUAAAGUCAGAUGGCAGCCUCUGCAGAGGCACUUCAUGCUUAGCUGAUUAACUCACAUUUGAUGUUUAGAAAGCCAUCUGAAGAGAAUAUGGUUCCAGGAGCCACCUUUCUGAGAUGUUACUGUUCAGAAUAACUUGAAAAGAAAACCAUUUUUCUGCCUUAAGCUAUUUAAUUUUUUUUAUAGUAGUAAUUGUACUGCCUUAUAAAUAGUAUUCUAAAGUUUGUAAGACAUGCAGAAAUUAAGUUCUUGACAAUUUAUUUUGGGUACGAAGCUGCUAGGGCACAUUAGGAACUUUUUGGUUCUGGCUGACCUCCAUAGAUGUCUCGUUGGAAGUUGGGAGCUACUUCAUAAUUGUCCACAUGCCAAAGCGCUCCAGGUCACCAAUCUCUCUGGUGACCAGUCACUUUCAGAUAAUCUCAUUGAAGAGAGAUGAAGGAGGGAUGAAUUGGAGGACCCAAUUUGUGCCCGGGGUGGGGGGGAGUAACUACGUUUAGUGGGCAGUCGCAGAACAAUCUUAAGCAGAGUUACAAUCUUCUAAACCCGUUGACUUCAGUGGACUUAGAAGGGUGUAAUUCUGCUUAGGGUGGGACAGCACAUGGCCAGUAAAAUGCCAGUCUAGUCACUGAUUGGACUUCAGUGACUUGUGUUGAGCACUAACUGUUGCUUGAAAAAUAUGAAUCUGUGCCCAAGAGUGUCCCACGUACUGGCCGUAGGGAACUAUUGUUUCCCCAGAACAAGUUUCCUAAAUCUGAUUCUUAGCAAUGCCUAUUAGGUUUAAAGAUUUCAGACUUUCUUCUGAAAUGACUUACUAAAAUGUUCAGCAGUUUUCAUUUGUCACAAGCAUGAUAAAUAUUCUAAGUCUAAAGUAUAUUCAGUGAAAUUUUGCUUGAUCUUUAAAAAGAUUUGCAACUGUGGUACUUGCUUCCUGGAAGAAACCCUUUCUUUUUACCAAAUGCUUGAAAAGCCAAAAGGUUAUUUAUUUUUCCCUAUGCCAGCUUAGUUUUCAAAGAUACACCAGUGCCUCAAUCCAGAGAUGUACUGCAGACACAGCCAGCGGCUUGAGCAUGCUUAGAAGCUGUUUGAGCAGUGAUUUUACUACUGUUACCGACAACUUUUUAAACUCCCUCGAGUUUCAAAAGUAGUGACCAAGCAGCUUGGGUGGCUGUUGUCGGAAGAACUAAAAGUUCAAAGUCUCUUUGGUCAUGCAAACCUAAACACAUGACUCAGAUAAAAGCUAAACUUUGUAUCUGUGUGAUGGCAGGGGUUGUUUUCUUAUUAUUUCAGUUAUUGGUUUAAGAACAGAGUAUUUACCGAAAGAUGGGACGUUGUUUAAUUAUGUUGAAGUAUUAAAUAUAAGUAAGGAGAAUAUAUAUUCAGAUAAAUACUAGAUUUAUUAACCUUUCUUCUUGAAGGUUGCUGGAAUUUAUAUAGCUACAUCCAGGGCUUUUUUUUCUGGGAAAAGAGGUGGUGGAACUCAGGACCGCACAAUGACAUCACUUUGGGUCAGCUGGAACAAGGGGGAGUUUUUAAAAGUUUAAAUCGCCCUCAUCAAAAAUGUCUGGAGAUCAGGGGGCGGGGCCACCAGCCAUGUGACCAUUUUCUAGAGGGGCCGGAACUCCGUUUCACCGCGUCCCACCUGAAAAAAAGCCCUGACUACAUCAUUGAUAGAACAAGUUUUGUCUGACUUAAUUUAUAUUUACUAAAAUGUUUUUUUCCAAAGCAAAUACAGUUUGAAAUAGAUUUUUAAUGUAUUAUAUAAUCUGCUGAUCCAUUAGUGUGUCUCAGCAUGUGCAUUAAAUGUAAAAGGAAAACCAUACCUUUUGCGUGCGUGCUUGCGUAUGUGCACACAGACACAUGCUUUCAUUGGGGUGGUUCUGUUUUCAACACAGAAAUCCACACAAUUGUCACAUACUCUCAUCUGUGUCAGCGGAGACAUUUCAACCCAUUUGUUUUUUCUUCUUGAUUUCAGCAGUUGCUCUGAGUGCAAGGAUCUUGGUGUGUCACUGCAAAAGUUAAAAUGUUAUUGUUAAACCUAAUAGGGAACAUUCUUCCAAUGUUACUAAUAUAAAUUUUAAAACUUAAACUGUAAUCAUUCGUACUGUAACCAUUUUUGUUCUAAUUUUGAAACCAGUAAAUUGUAUAUACGGUUAGUGAAAUAAAGAAUUCUUAUGUA